ACCAGCUGUUCAUCCAGCGUUGAAGGCAGACAGAAAGAAAGAGUCAGAAGUGAACCAUUUACUCGACUGGACUGUCUAGUUGAACAGGAAAGAAGUGACACACGCAUCGAAUUAAGGAGAUUCCAGUCUUGCACUGCAGUCAGCACAUUGGGAGCAGAGCAAAUGGAUAAUGGAGACUGGGGCUACAUGAUGACUGAUCCAGUCACUCUGAAUGUUGGAGGGCACCUGUACACCACGUCUCUCUCAACGCUGACGCGGUACCCGGACUCCAUGCUGGGUGCCAUGUUUCGAGGAGACUUCCCCUCCACCCGGGACUCUCAUGGGCACUUCUUCAUCGACCGGGAUGGGCCGCUGUUCCGGUACAUCCUGAACUUCCUGCGCACCUCGGAGCUGACCCUGCCCAUGGAUUUCAAGGAGAUUGACCUGCUCCGCAAGGAGGCUGAUUUUUACCAGAUCGAGCCCCUGAUCCAAUGCCUCACUGACCCCAAGCCUCUGUACCCCCUGGACACCUUCGAGGAGGUGGUAGAGCUCUCCAGUACCCGCAAGCUUUCCAAAUACUCAAACCCCGUAGCGGUCAUCAUAACCCAGCUCACCAUCACUACCAAGGUGCGUUCCCUUCUGGAAGGCAUCUCCAACAACUUCACCAAGUGGAACAAGCACAUGAUGGACACCAGGGACUGCCAGGUGUCCUUUACCUUUGGACCAUGUGAUUAUCACCAAGAGGUGUCCCUGCGCGUGCACCUGGUGGAGUACAUCACCAAGCAGGGCUUCACCAUCAGGAACACGCGUGUGCACCACAUGAGUGAGCGUGCCAACGAGAACACUGUGGAGCACCACUGGACUUUCUGCAGAUUGGCAAAGAAAACAGAAGACUAACUGUUUUUAGAAAACACAAAAAUACUAAUUAUAUAUAUAUAUAUAAAUGAUGAAUAAACACCUCCCAUUCCUGAAUAAGCAGCAUGAUCUUACCUCUAAUUAGCUUACUAGUCCACCCCUCUGUCCUUCAGUUUCAUGUUGAAGUGGUGAACCCAAUAUAUGCUCUAUCAAAAAAUAUUCCUUGCCUGUGACCUCUGACAUCUCGUAAAGGUCAAAAAAAAAAACUAACUUAUAACUCAUUAGAAAGUACAGAUAGGAUCAUGGUUACUGUGGAACAUAUAAAGGAACCCAUAUAUGCUCUAUCAAAAAAUGUCCUUGCCCUUGACCUAUGACCUCUUGUAAACAUCAAAUGCAAAACUACCUUAUAACUCCUUAGAUAGUGCAGAUAGGGUCAUGGUUACUAUGGAACACAUAUAGGAACCCAUAUAUGCUCCAUCAAAAAAAAUGUCCUUGUCCAUGACCUCUGACCACUCCUUACGAUCAAUUGAAAAACUACCUAUAAUGCCUUAGAGCAGUGUUCUUCACUAAUUUUCAGAGGGGGGCCACUUUCUCCGAUAAGACAUCAGUGUGAGGGCCGGCACACUGCCUUUUUCACAUCUGUGUAUUGUCAGGGGCUGCCAUUGACCUCUGACCUCUCCUAAAGGUCAAAUGAAAAACUAGCUCAUAACUCCUUACAGAGUCCAGAUAGGGUCAUGCUUACUAUGAAACAUGCAUAGGAACCCA